AUGCCACCUUCCGCUCAUAAAGCCUCAGAAAAGGCAUUAAACGCAAAACGUGCAAAACGACAAACCGCAACUAAACCAAAUUAUUUCGAGGGUAAUUCUUCAGACAUUGACUCUCCGGAGGACUAUGACCCUAUGAUGACUGACACAGCCUUUGACGGCGGCGACCCCGAGUUUGGAAUAGAACCCAUGAGAAUUGACGAAGAUGAGUCCAUGAAGAGAUAUGAUGAGCGAGAGGAGGGAGAAGUCUCCGAAGAACACCGCGAGACGGCAGUCGAUCAAAAAAAAGAAAAAAAACGACAAGAAAUCAUCGACCGAAUAGAAAAGUUACAAAAAGAAUUUAACAGUAAAAAAGAUGAGAUAUUCAAAGACAGUAUAAGACAAAUCGAUUAUGAUAUUAGGGCAAUGAGGGAAGGUACUCAUCCGGAAUAUGAGGAACGUUUGCAACAACUUAUUGAUAGACGCGAGCAGACGCUUGAAAAGGCAAAGUUAUAUAAAAAUUAUCGUCUUGGAUGCGUGGAAAAAAUGUUUGACGCCGAAACGCGACAAGUUGAAGAGGAUUAUAUGCUAGAGAAACAAGGAUUAAAAGAACAAAUGCUGGCAGAUAUGGAUGAACGGAGAAAGAAAUUGAAAGAAGAUUAUGAGAGUUUUGACAUAACGAGUGACGCAGCAAUGGAUGGAAACCCGCGAUAUCAUCCGCAAAGAAAAUUGCGUGCUCGACAAAAAGAAGAUACAGAAGUGAAAGUUAAAAAACCCAAAGCUCAACCGAAUAAAACAAUAUUAGCGAAGCUAGAAGGGAUCAAAAAUGGGUGGUUAUCCACAGGUUCAAAUGUUAAUUACGCAUUCGAUAGAGAAAUCAAUCCUCUCGGUUUAUCACUGUUUGCUUUUUCAACAAAUUCAACCACGAAAAUUUCAUCAAAUGAAAAAAUAUUUAUUACUGUAACAACUUGUAAAGCUCCUUUGCCAAAUUUAAAUAAAAAACCUAAAUCACCUCCCGCUGAACAAUUAGAAAUUUGGAUUUCUACAAAAUUAAAAAAUCCUGUUGUUAUACCAAAUGAGAAUAAGAAUGGAUUGUAUAUAGGAGUAUUUGCCCCUAAAUUAUCUGAUGAUUAUUUUGGUCAUUAUUGGUUUCAAAUUGGAGCUUCUACUAAAGAUUUUUUACAUAAAAUUCCGACUGUGAAAGGGUUGAUAUUAGAUGAUACGGAUAGUACAAAUGCUUUAUUUAGAACGGUUAAUAUUAGUUCAAAACAACCUUUUUAUGAUGUAACUUUUGUUGAACACAAAUUUGUGGACGGAAUCUCUCAAUCAUUAUGUGCAUAUACUGAAAAUCGUUUAAAUUCAAAAAAUGUCUCAUAUACGACGAGGGAAUUAUAUGGAUCAUUUCAAUCUUUAAUUACUAUAAGUAAUUUAAAAAAUGGAACAAAAUAUUCCGUCCUUGUUAAAGAAGAAUCAGUUAAUGAUCCAAAAUUUUUCGUGCCUAUGGCUUUUCAAACACAAUCUCAAAAUAAUUGUAUGAUAAUAAAAGAUCUUAAAUUUUGUGAUAAGGUCUCUUAUUCUGUACCAAAAACAAUCUCAAAAACAACUGAACAAGAAUUAGCAAUUGGAUAUGAUAAUUUGGCAGAAUCAUAUUUUAAUAAUUUCAAAUUAACAAUAGACCAAUAUCCAUGUGAUGAUCCUCGUUCAAAAUAUUCCUUAGUUAGAAAUUGUAAUGAUUGUAAAGAAGCUUAUAAAGAUUGGAUAUGUGCUAUAACAAUUCCUCGUUGUGCUAAUGAAGAUUCAAUUUAUGGUAAUGAAAGAAACAAAUCUCGUGUAGAAGUCUCUGAUGAGACUAUGAAAAUUGAUCAACCUUUUGUAGAAUUACCUCCUUGUAUUGAUUUAUGUUAUAAUAUUACUAGAUCUUGUCCUGAAAGUUUUGGUUUUAGUUGUCCUAAAUCAUCAAAUUCAACAAUUUCAACUUAUGGUGAUAUAAUUGAUAGUCAAUAUCUUACAUGUAAUUCUCUAGGAAUGGAUUUUUCUUCUAUAUCUAAUCUUGCAAUAUGGUUUUCAAUACAAUGGACAUUAAUAUUAUUAGUUAUUGGAUUUACAAUUUUAAUAGUAGGAAUAUGA